GUAUAAAAAAAAACUGAAAUUUACUGUCAAAAUCAUAUGAUCAGCGAGAAAAGUUCAAAACAAACAUUGAGGAAAAAUUGUUAAACAUGUAUUAAUAAACAAAUCAAAUGACUUGAAAUGCUAAAGGAACAACAAUGUGGAUCUUCGGCUACGGAUCUCUAGUUUGGAAAGUUGACUUUGCUUACGAGUGCAAAGUUGUAGGUUAUAUUUCAGGUUACCUCAGAAGAUUUUAUCAGCAUAGUAUCGACCACAGAGGCGUUCCUGAGAAACCUGGUCGAGUAGUUACAUUGAUAAAAAGUGACGAUCCAAACAGCAAAGUAUGGGGGGUGGCAUACAAAAUCCGUACCGAAGAUAUAGAUCAAGUUACGAAGCACUUGGACUACAGAGAAAAGAAUGGAUAUUCGAAGAAGACAGUUACAUUCCAUCCCAAGGAUAAGAGCAUAGAACCGUUUAGUUUGACCCUGUACAUAGCAACAGAGGAGAAUGAAUCUUAUGCAGGAGCAGCAUCAGUGGAAGACAUAGCAAAACAAGUAGUCAACUGCCAAGGGCCAAGUGGGCCCAACAAGGAAUAUGUAUACAACUUGGCUAAAGCAAUGCGACAGCUAGCACCUGAUGUAUACGAUGAACACCUCUUCGCUCUGGAAACUUCUUUGCGUCAAAUUGAUCCAGAUGUUAAACGAAAUUGAUGAAAUAAGUAGAUAGCUUAAUUUUAUGCAAUAGGGUCCAAAAUGGCAAAUUAGUAAGAUUUUUACUUGAACUUUUACUUGUACAGAUGUCAGCACAUCUGUCUAUACAUUUUUAUGGCAAAAGCGCACCUAUAACAAUGGCAUAAGAUGCUACAGUUUAUAAGUUGAGCUACUUCUAGUGGCGCCAUCUGCCACGACAUUGGCGACUUCAAAACUUUUUGAUAAAUCGUUUUAUCACUGCGUGGCGCCCUGCGCGCUUCAGCGGGACAGUCCAUCCCCAAAAAAAAAAAAUACGAGAGAGAAACUGACUGUCUGUUUGUUUGUUAAAAAAAAAAAUACGACGAAUUGCUUUUAAAAAUUUACUGUUGCUAAAAUUUAGACAAACUUCUAAGCACCAGACAAUUUGGAUGAUAUAAAUAAAUAAGAGAGUCAUCCAUGCGCGUCAUGCUAGCAGUAUUAUUUAAAAAGAAGGCCAUCCUGCUUAAUAAUGCAUAAGUAAAUUAGCAGAUAUUUAAUAUUAAUAAAGCAACAGCUUUACACAAAUAGACUGAUGGCAUUCGGAACAAAACAUGUUUUGUUUAAUGCAAAACUAAACAAACAUACAAUAAAUUCCUUGUAGAUAUAACAUAUUUUUAGUUCAAGCAUAUGACUAAGCUCCUAUCUGAAUGUCAACCGUAAGUAGGCAACAUGUUUGUUUGCAGACACACUAACCUACUUGCGCCCAUUUAAAUGUUGCGAAUUAUUGAUUAAAAUUGUAAAUUGUAUUGACGUCAAUGACCCCUACCUACUUGUAUAAAAUCUCUAUAAUACAAGCUGCAACGCCUGCAACUAUGCUCUUUGUCUUUUUUGACCUUGGCCUUCUAAAUCGCGCAUUUUUAGGUGAAACUCGCCUAAUCCAUUAAACGUUAAUUGAUUUAAAUAAA